UAUUCGAACGUCGUCUUUUAUUUACAAAUGACAUCAAAGCUAUUGUCUGGUUGAAUGUAGUGAUUGGAAUAUUAAAAUGUCUGAACAACAGCCAAAAGGAAGGGGAAGAACACAAGGAGUCUAUUUUUCAAUAAUGUCGUUUUUCCGUCCGUCAAAAGAUCCCCGAACACCCGUGAAGGGUUUUAUGCCGAGAUUUAAAAAUUUAAUGGCCAAGCAUUUUAGAGGGCUUAUUGGCAUGGCAGUGCCGGUAUGUGCGCUGACUUGGCAAGGGAGAAAGGUGUUCAUCAUAUUACAGUACAAUGCAUGUGGAUGUGGAUGUUCUGGUUCUUCCUGUUGCAACCUGUUUCCAUUCCCGUCACUGCGCUCAUACCUAUUUUCCUACUGCCAAUGGCUGGUGUUCUUUCAACGCUUAGAACUUGCGGCUGCUAUUUUAAUGAGAACAUGGCAUUAUUUGUUUUGUCAAGCAUGCUGAUUUUAUUGUUGAAUAAUUCUGGUGCUGAUCGACGCAUAGCGCUCAGCUUGAUAUGCUCCGGCGACAAUUGCCAGUUUUCUGGGAAGAGAUUGGUGUUUAAGUGUAGCGUGGCGGCAUUUUUCUUAUCCAUGUUUAGCAACAGGCUCAUCAUAUCAUCCACCAUCAUGCAGUAUAUCACCCCAGCGCUAACGGAAUUGCAGGCGUCGACAGCAAGCAGUCGAGCCACUGAACCUGAUUACAACGAAAUGCGGUACAUCAUCAACAACGCUAUACAAACCGCAUCAUCCAUUGGCAGUAUAGCUAUAAUGCACUCCGCGUAUGCUUCACUGUGUUUCCGAACGAUAUUUUGCGAGAGCGCACCAAGAGGUCAAGAAUAUCCUGACAUAUUCAACUACUUCCAAUAUUCUGCCUUCGCGUUCCCAGUCGCCUUUAUUAUGUUCGUUCUAAACUUUGCCUACCACAUGAUACUUAUUAACAAGCUUAUACACCAUUUAUAUCAUGGCAGAUGUGUCUGCAAAGCGAUGAGUGCGAACAGCAUGACGGAAUUGAGGAAUAGCUUGAUGAAGAACAAAACCGCACUGCCGCGUCGCGUCUCGCUGCACGAAAAGCUUACGGUGUUCUUCAUGAUAUUCGCCCUCGUUAUAUUCUUUCUCCGCUGGAGUACUUUUUUGAACAUGGGAUGGGCUGACUUUGCCAGAGAUGAAUCUUCGCCCCAAAUACCGAGGGUAAAAGAUGCCACGGUGGCUGCCAUAUUUGUGAUUGCGCUUCAUAUACUGCCCAAAGGGUACGCGUGGCUGAAUUACUUUAGCGCUGAAAAAAAAAGUGAAUUGCCGCCACUAAGACCGGAAUCUGCUAUACUUUGGUGGCGUUUCGUCGAUAAGAACUUGAAUUAUGGAUACAUAUUUCUUAUCGGCUCCGGCGUAGCCUUACAAGUUGCCAUUAAACACACCGGCCUGGACGACGACAUAGUGGCCCACUUCGGCAGCAGGUUCACGGACCACGAGUUCAGCACGUCGCUGUUCCUCGUCUGCCUCGUGGCUGUCAUCAUGUCGAACGCGAUGAGCGGUGUUGCUGCCUGCGUGUCCUUCCUGCCGUUGAUCUUGAGUAUGGCCGCGGAACCGCCACCAGACGCCGUGACCUUCCGAAGCAUUCGCGACUGGCCAGUGAAGAUGUACCUGGGUGCGCUCGGCGUUGGGUUGGCCAGCUCGUUUGGCUUCAUGUUUCCGUUCCUGUACACGCCGGCUUAUUACUGUCACUACACUGGAAAAGUGCCCAUGAAGAAGAUGGCAAAGUACUCAAUAGGCAGCGUUAUAAUUUGCCUGAUCAUACUAUGGCUGGCGUUGAUGUACUACGCGCCUGUGAUCUGGGACCCUGAGGGUACGGGAAUCAAGCCAGUCGCAGCCCCUGGUAAAGCUGCGGGCAAUAGUACCAACUCUUCGAUGAUACUAUAGA